UGCGAAACGGCACAUGCUUAACACUUCUUACUUUUCAGACGCGGUCGAAAAGAGCAGAAAAUAGCACAAAACAAAAACAACAGAGUGAUCAACACUUGUUACUUUUCACACAAAACAAAACACAAUCUCCAACCAAACCAAACCAAACAUAGCAAAACAUCUUGUAAACUCCGAUGAUGAACACCACCACCACAACCACAACCACCAGGAAGUGGAACAACAACAACACACUGAUGAUGAUGAAAAUGGAUCCCAAAAUUUGGAGCAAAUUGCCACCUGAAAUCUUGGAAUACAUCCUCUCAUUUCUUCCCCUCAAAACCUUGUUGAAUCUCAGAUCAACCUGCAAAGGUUUCUGGUCUCUCGUAUUCUCCCCUUCAUUCACCUCCAAAUACUCUUCUUCUUCUUCACCUUUCUCUUCCUUUCUCUUACUCUCCCACCCUCAAUUCCACCGCCACUACCCUCUCUACGACUGCACCCUCGGCACAUGGCGCAACAUCUCCCUCUCCCUCUCCGACUCUUCACCUUCCUCCUUCACCAACGUUGUCUCCUCCGGUGGCCUCUUCUGCUUAUCCGAUUCCAUGUCCUGUUCCUUGCUCAUCUUCAACCUUCUCGCCAAAACCUCUAGGAAGAUUCAGUACCCCAGUUACUCUCUUCACCUCGAGCAUCUCACGUUUGUCACAACCCCAUCUGGGUACAUCAUAUUUUCUCUGUUCUCUGCAUCUGCAACAAACCGGGCAUUCGUUUACGACUCAGAGGUGCGAUCAUGGCGACGGUUCAAUGGUUUCGGACCGAUUCUCGGCGAUAAACUGCAUCAACAAGGCGUUUUCUUCAACCGGGGUUUGUAUUUUGCAACCCCAGAACCGUUUUCGAUUGUGAGAUUCGAUUUGGAGAGUGGGGUUUGGGAGAGACCCGUUGGCGAGUUACCGGGUCAACUCACUUUUGCUCGGUUGGUGAGUGAUGGAGAAGGGAAAUUGUAUCUGAUUGGUGGGGUUGGGAACAAUGGGAUUUCAAGGAGUAUCAAGUUGUGGGAAUUGGGUGAAGCAGGGGAUUGGGUUGAAGUGCAGAGUUUGCCUGAGUUAAUGUGUAGGAAAUUUGUGUCUGUGUGUUAUCAUAAGUAUGAGCAUGUUUAUUGCUUCUGGCAUGAAGGGAUGAUCUGCAUUUGCUGCUAUACAUGGCCUGAGAUAUUGUAUUAUUUGGUUUCUAGGAGGACUUGGCAUUGGCUUCCUAGGUGCCCUUCUUUGCCUUUGAAAUGUAGCUGUGGUUUCAAGUGGUUCUCUUUUGUUCCAAAGCUCUAUGCUUCAGUUUGAACUGAAGUUUCUAAUGCUUGUAUUUUGUUCUUGUAUUUCUGUUGUUGUUUGUAUUCAUGAUGGGAUUAUGUUUAUGAGCUAAUCCACUUUCAUUUGUUUUUGUACAUUUGAUUUUGUAUUUGAGAUCAAUUUUGGAA